CUCGUUUUUAUUUUUGUGCCGUCUCUCAUUCUCUUGUCUGCUUAUCAGUUCAUGCAAACUUGCUUAUCCUCAUUCAGUCAUGGAAGCUGGUUCUGCAACUGCAAGUAGAUGGGCAUGGUUUAAGGCUUUUCCUGGAAGGUUGAAGAAUAAGGUUACUGAUUUUUGCAGGAGCUGGAAGAAGCUUGGGAAAGAUGAUCCCAGAAGAGUGACCCAUUCUCUCAAAGUAGGACUUGCAAUUGCUUUGGUUUCAAUAUUCUACUACUAUCAGCCACUGUAUGAAAAUUUUGGUGUCUCUGCAAUGUGGGCUGUAAUGACUGUAGUUGUUGUGUUCGAAUUCUCUGUGGGGGCCACUCUUGGGAAAGGAUUGAAUAGGGGAAUGGCAACACUGGUGGCUGGCGCUCUAGGUGUUGGAGCUCAUCAUCUGGCUAAACUAUCUGGAAGUACUGGGGAGCCAAUACUACUUGGGUUCUUUGUCUUUCUACAAGCUGCAAUAACGACAUUUAUGCGGUUCUUCCCAAAAAUAAAAGCAAGAUAUGACUAUGGGUUUUUAAUAUUCAUCUUGACAUUCUCAUUGGUCUCAGUAUCUAGUUUUCGUGAGGAUGAAAUAUUAGAGUUGGCUCACAGGAGACUAUCAACAAUCAUAAUAGGUGCCUCUGCUUGUGUAAUCAUUUCCACUGUGGUUUUCCCUGUUUGGGCUGGUGAAGAUCUUCACAACCUUAUAGCUCUCAACUUGGAAAAGCUCGGCAACUUCUUACAAGGAUUUGGAGAUGAGUACUUCAAAGAAUCGAAAGAAGAUGAAACUUCUUCCAAUAAAGAUCACAAACCAUUUCUGCAAGACUACAAAAUUGUUCUCAAUUCAAAAAAUACUGAAGAAACCUUGGCUAAUUUUGCUAGAUGGGAACCAGGCCAUGGCAAAUUCCAGUUUCGCCAUCCUUGGAAACAAUACCUGAAAGUUGGAACUUUGACCCGCCAAUGUGCAUACCGAAUUGAUGCACUGUAUGGCUAUCUAAACGCUGACGUUAAGGCAUCAUUAGAAGUCAGAAGCAAAAUCCAAGAAACAUGUACAAAAAUUAGCACGGAAUCUGGGAAAGCACUACAGGAAUUGUCGAUUGCAGUAAAAGAAAUGAGACAACCAUCUUCAGCUGAUACGCACAUAGAAAAUGCAAAAGCUGCUGCAAAAAACCUCAACUCUUUACUCAAAUCAGGCCCAUGGGAAGACAUUAACCUUUUACAAGUGAUUCCAGUGGUAACAGUAGCUUCAUUGCUGAUUGAUCUGGUUAACUGCACAGAAAAACUUGCUGAUUCCAUAUUUGAACUUGCUUCUAAAGCACAUUUUAAUAAACCAGACCAUACUGUGUCACCAGAAAAACUAUCUGCAACUGUAAAAUCGUCUCCCAAUGUAGAUUGCCGCCACGUUGUGAUCAAUAUUGAUCAGACACCAACUCCAGAAAUUCUGGAAGAGGAGAAUUCUUCAGCAGCAAACACUUGUAUAGUUAAAAGUGUGCGAGCGUAAUUAUUAGUGGGUGACUAACUUGUAAAAUUUAUAUGAUAACCAAGCUGAGUUAUUAUAAAAGCUGGGUAUCAUCACCAUGAAUCUGAUCCUUGUCAGAUGAUAGCUCCCUCUUUAUUACUUUCAUCUAACAAAUGGUUUAUCCUUGUUUGUUUAUCAGUUUCUUGAAAAAUUAUGCUGUUAUUAGUUGUU